ACAAGUACUGGGUGUCUAUGCUCUUCCAAUCGUCUUCCAUGCAAUCCCAUGCGGUGGAGUACUCGGUAACGAACAACGCCGGCGACGCUCCCGGUGGCAUGCAUUUCACUGAGGAGAUCGGGAUCCCGCACAGCCAGCAGAUGCUGACCAUGUCAACCGAUUUCAUAUGGAAGAUCUUCCAACAGAACGAUCCAGCAGAUCGAAAGGACGUUGCUCGAGUGAGCUUGUUCAUCGACAACAUGGAGGGUGUGGCGUACACGAGCAACGACGAGAUCCACGUGAGCACCAUGUACCUCGGGGGCUUAUCGGGGGACGUGAAGGGGGAGUUCACAGGGGUCCUGUACCACGAGAUGACGCACGUGUGGCAGUGGAACGGGGCCGGGCAAGGCCCGGGCUGGCUCAUCGAGGGGAUUGCGGAUUUUGUGAGGCUCCGAUCAGGGUACGUGCCAGGCCAUUGGGUGCAACCGGGCCAGGGCGAUAGGUGGGACCAGGGUUACGACGUCACGGCACGGUUUCUUGACUAUUGCAAUGACCUCAGAAAUGGGUUCGUGGCUGAGCUGAACAAGAAGAUGAGGACUGGUUAUAGUGAUAAGUACUUUGUCGACCUUCUGGGCAAUACCGUUGACCAGCUGUGGAGCCAAUACAAGGCUACAUAUGCUAGCUGACUGGAGUCCAUACUUGGUCGAUAUAUGUAUCUGAUCUAUAGAAAGCAUAGUUGAGCGAAAAGGAUAUGUCAGUGGCAGUAGUAGACAAAGAUGAUGCAAUAAUGUUAUUGGUAAUUUUCCU